AUGAAGACCGAUGGUAUGCUGAAGAAAGAGCUCAACCCGAUUGCUAAUAUGAUGCCAUAUCUGACCGCAGGUUGGAACCCCGAAGCAAAUAAUGAGAGCCUCACUGCAUUCACUAUCACGAGGCCUAGAGGCAUCCCUCAAUCAGAAAAAGCAACCGACGCAGCGGCUAUGACUGUUCUUUUUAUCGACGCUCAUUGCCAAGUGGGUGUGGAAGGUGCCAAAGCUAUUACCCCGCGUGUGCUUCCGGAUGCUGCCAAACAGCUGGCU